AUGUCGACCUUUUCCAAAAGUCCUCUUUCCUCCCAAACACCUCAACCACAAUCACCAUCACCAUUAUCACCAUUGAAGAAAAAGAAGAUGUCUAUUACUCAAACUUAUUACCUUGCCCACACUGCUCGAGGUAAGCUUUCUUCUGAAGCUUCCCGAGCAGAUCACAACCUUCGUCUUCUCGUCGGACACGCAAACCUUCUCGAUUCAUUAAUGCUUGAGCUUGCCGAAGCUGAGCAAGAGCAAGAGACUUGGUUCAACCAAUCCGUACGAAAGGCCACCAAGCAAGAAGAUCCCAAACACAUCCAAUGGGCCGAUACCGUGGUCGAAGAACCCGAAGAGGAUUGGGAAACAUCCGACCUCGAUAACGAUGACUCCUCAGAUUCCGGCAGCGAUUACGACUCGGAUGAAGAAAUGGAAGAGCCAUCCUUGGGUUCAAUAACUCGCAUGUCAUCACACAACAUGGUUGAUCCAGUCGUAGUCUCCACACGAGAAAUCGACGAGGACGAUGAAGAGGAAUUCCAAGAUGAUGACGAAGAUUACCCAAGUCUCCAACUCACUAAAACCAAAUCACACUCAGCAUCCCACCCCCCAGAACUCGAUCACGAUUCCGAUGACUCCUCGGAAGAUGAAUCCAUGCCACCCUCUCCCCCAUCCGAUACCUUCCCCAGCUUCUCGGAAAAACAACCAAUCGCUUCAUCCUCCUAUUACAGCAAAUCUACCCCCUCCUCCUCGAUACCACAAUCCGAACAACAAACCUUCUUCGACGAAGGUUUCUAUCUACCCCCUCGACAAUCCACGGGUUUAAUAAGUGCUAUUAGCGUUUAUUAA